AGGUCUAACAAGCACCGAAAACAAAAAAAUGACGUAUCUGACGCAUAAAGGUACAAGCAUAUAGUAGGGCGAAAGUUUUAAUAUUUAUUCAUUGAGUUAGAGAAGUGAAAAUCCUUUACAUUCGGGUCGGCUCGGUUUCUGGAAGCUUUAGUGUUCGCCUGUCCUGGAUUCUGCCUUGAAGCAUUUAGAGCAGAACAGCAGGAUGUCACUGCCACGGACACUAGGUGAGCUGCAGCUCUAUCGAGUUUUACAGCAGGCCAAACUACUGAUGUACUAUGACACCUUCAUCCAGCAGGGUGGCGAUGAUGUUCAACAGCUCUGUGAGGCUGGGGAGGAGGAAUUUCUAGAGAUCAUGGCGCUAGUUGGGAUGGCAACGAAACCCCUGCAUGUGCGCCGUUUGCAGAAGGCUCUUCACGACUGGGCAGCCAACCCUACUCUAUUCAACCAACCUCUGGGCACCAUUGUGGCCCCUUGUGGAAUUUCCCUUCUCAGGAUCGACAGCACCAAUGCUGCGGGCUCAGGGAUUAUGGAUUCAAGAAAAACACUGAGCAAUGGGCAACCAGGUUCUCAGUGUGAUAGAGAGGAACAGGGGUCUUACCUUACACUCCUGCGAGAUGUCAACAGUCCUAAGAGCCCCUGCUCACAGGCAUCUCCAAUGGCCCAAGACCAUCUGUACAGAGACAAACUGUUCCCCAUGGACCCUCACUGGCUCAGCUCUGACAUGUAUGAAGAUGAUGGGUUGGAUGAUGACCAGCCCAGUUCCCCUCUAACUUUCACUGGUUAUUCAAAUCUUCUGGGUCCUUCGACACCUACUUCUUCUUCAUCCUCCUCUACUAUGACCUCUCCAUGGCUUGGAGGUCAGUUGGACCUAAAGACCAUUAAAGCAGUGGAGGGAAGUGUUGAUAGACUUCUGAAAACCUUGCCUCAAGCUGAUCAAACUGAGUUGAAGACUCUACUAAGACUCAAAAAGAGAAUGGCAAAGACGGUGGGACACAUUUUCAACUUGGAACCUCAUGACAAGAGCAAAGAGGAGGAGAUACGCAAGUACAGCCUGAUCUAUGGCCGCUUUGACUCCAAGAGGAGGGAAAGGAAGCAGCUCACCCAUCAUGAGAUGCUCAUCAAUGAGGCAGCGGCCCAAUUCUGCAUCCGUGACAACGCACUUUUGUUACGCCGGGUUGAACUGUUCUCAUUAGCACGACAAGUGGCGAGAGAAUGUGCCUACACUUCAACAUUUAAACAAAACAGGAGAUUCUUAGAUGAUUGUACUGCCUCUGUUGACUGUACUGCUCAGAAGAGAAUCAGGCAUGAUGUAACAGAUUUAGAUCCAGUAGUCAAUAGUGACAUCAGAUCUACAGCAGAUGACAACAGCCUGUCUGGAGAAAGUUUUGAUAGUCUGACACAAGCAUCACUUCUCACAUAUGAUGUGAUCACAACUAAGAUCUACAGAUCAAAUAUCAGCCCUCAGUUGCACCCGUCCUUAUCCCCUAACCCCCCCAUCAACAACACUGGCCUCGUCAACUGGAGUCGCCAGCUCAUGCAACAAACACUCAUGGACGAGGGCCUCCGAUUGGCUAGAAUGGUGUCAUGUGACCACACAAGCAAAGUCAGCCUAGGGUUAUAAAAAAGACAGAUUGCAGAGAUGGAAGAGAAGGUGGAGAGGAGACGACUGAGUUACAGCAACUUCAGUUCAGCAAACACCAGAGACGAUCCAUAACUGAUAGUCUGCAAAUCUCAUGUUAAACUCAGGUCUCAUGUCAACUCUAAAUGCUUUGCUGUUCAUUCUGUUCAGUAUGCACCAUAUGAUUAUGUCUUUACAGGCAUUUGAUAGAACAUUCUUGUACAUCCUUUCAAAUGUUAAAUGAUGCAAGUACAGGUUAGAGUUGUAAAUCCAUUUCAUAUUCUUGCUAUUUAAUGACUUUUUUUUUUAAUAGUAGUCUACACCAGUAAAAUGCAAGUUUAAACAGUGGUGAUUUUGACUUGAUUAGCAUGUAAUGGCAGUACAAGUCUUCAGUAGUGCUAAUUGUGUGACAAGCAAUGCAGAGAAUGAAAUUCUUCACCCAAAAAUGAAAAUGCUGUCAUCAGUUACUCAUGCUAUUCCAAACCUGUUUGACUUUCUCAUUUUAAAAUAUGUGAUGCAGUAUUUUAGAAUGGUGACUGAGGCUGUCAUUCUGCCUAACAUCUAAUUUUGUGUUCCACAUUAGAAAGAAUAUUACAUGGUUUUGAAACAACAUGAGAGUCAUUUUUGGAAAAACUAUCACUUUAAUGAUAGAUGACAUUCCUGUCAAUUUAAAGGAAUAUCCCGGGUUUAAUACAAGUUAAGCUCAAUCGACAGCAUUUAUGGCAUAAUGUUGAUUACCACAAAAAAUUAUUUCAACUCGUCCCUUCUUAAAAAUAGCAGCAAAAACCGAGGUAACAGUGAGUGUUAGUUACAAUGUAAGUAAAUGGGGCCAGUUUUUGGAGGGUUUAAAGGCAGAAAUGUUAAGCUUAUAAUUUUAUAAAAGCAAUUACAGUAGCAAGAAAAAAUAUGUGAACCCUUUGGAAUUACCUGCAUUUAUGUAGAAAUGUCUUAAAAACUUAAAGAUACAAUAAUGAACGAACAAACAAUCUGUUUUAACUAAUAACACACAAAUUAUUGUAUUGUUCUUGUACACAUUGAAUACAUCAUUCAAACAUUCACAGUGUAGGCUGGAAAAAGUAUGUGAACCCCUAGUCUAAUGACGUCAACAAAAGCUAAUUAGAGUCAGGAGUUGGCAAACUUGGCAUCCAAUUAAUGAAACAAAUAGUUUUAUAAAAUGCACUCAAACAUUUUGAGUUUGCUAUUCACAAGAAGCAUCUAUUGACAUGGACCAUGCCUCACAAGAAAGAGAUCUCAUAAGACCUAUGAUCAAGAAUUGUUGCAUAAAGCUGAAAAGGGUUACAAAUUUAUCUCGAAGAGCUUUAGAUAUUCAUCUGUCCACAGUUGGACAAACUGUCAAUAAAUGGAGACGAUUUAGUAGGUGUAGUCAAGACCAGACCCAGACCAAGACUAGACCCCUUGAGACCCAGAUCCAGACCAAGACCUAUCCCCAUGACCAAGACCCAGACCUGAAGAUCCAAGAACAAGGCAGUACAUUUAUAUUUGAAGAAUCUUCUUCAAAGUUUUCAAAUGCAAAUUUUACCACUGCAGGCUCUGACAUUUUCCAGACAGCUAUAUAGAAAAAAACAGUCCAGUUUUACAAGAUGCCUUCGUAACCCAAAUCCUAGCUAUAUAAAUAAUACAACUAAAGUGAAGUGAAUUUAAUUGGUUAGUGGACAGCCUAGAUGUAGAUCCUAGGCUGUCCAUCACAGUAGAGGUCUGCAUGGCAAUGGUCUGAUUUUCAGUGCAUGUACACCCAUUCUUUUUAUUGCCCCACCACACCACACCAGGUGUCACAAAGCUGUUUAUUCUUCUACUGUAAUAAAAGAUAAAAAAGUGUCAUAUAUGGCUCUUUAUUGCAGGCAUCAUUUUUUAAAAUAAUAAUAAUUAAAAAUGUAAAAACAAAUCCUAAAGGAAUGCUAAUAGAUUGUUAAUGAAAUAAUACAAUUUCAAUUUAUCCAAUAGGAUCUUAAUGUAUUCUUAGUGGAUACUAAUCUGAUUCCUUUAGGACUGGUUCAAAAUUAUGAAAAAUUCCUUCAAGAUUGUUUGCAUCAUAAAUAAACUCUCAAAACACAGGUGGCUGCUCCACGUUAACAUUAAAUGCCAAAUUCAUCUUUGCUAAUCAAAGUUAAACCGAAAGAUGGAAACUUAAUUGAAAACUAUUGUUGGAAAAUUAAACUAUUAAAACAACCAUGCAUAAACAGAAUGUUCUUCACUGACCAUCUCUGAUCGAAACAAAGAAAGACAAAUGAUGAUGUAAAACAAUUAUAAUAAUUGAAAAGAACAGUUUGAAAGAAUUAAUUCACAGAAAUGAGUCGGACUUUCCAAAAUCAUGUGUAACUGAGAAUUGUGUUUCAUAUGCAUUAAUAUAACAAAAUAAAAAUGUUUAUUUUAAUUUUUUUAAAUCACAGACACGUAUUUGUACAUACAUAUAUGGUAUAUUAUAUAUUUUUUGUCUUAAUGUGUAUUUCUAUAUAUACUUAUAUUGUCGAUUCGCUUUUUAUUAUCUCUGUCUUGUUGUUUUAUUGUUUGUGCACUGGAGGCUUCCUUGUAUGUGUAAUAAAGCUCAUUCUGAUUCUGAAAGAACAGCAAUUAACUAAUUCAGGAACACAGUUCUCAGCUUGUUUGAGGUGUUUUCAGAGGAUGAACUGAUGCCAACUCCAACUGUAAGACAUUGGAUACUUCAUAUGCCACUGCCUGAACCUUGGACUUAGGAUGGACCCCACCGAACCUCACCAAAAUGACCUGCAGGUUGAACUGCAAUGUGUUCCUUGCCACAGUCGCCUUCAGCUUGCUUACAGGGGUUCUAAAUACGAUUAUUAUUUAAUUAUUUAAUUUCUAUACACAAUUUACAAUCAUAUUUAAUCAAACUACACAAUGAUCACUCUAAGACUUUAUAGAUAUUACAGUUUCAUUUUUUGUUAAUGCAUGAUAUCCUGUAAAGCUCAAUUAGGUCAAAAAGAACACUAGAAUGACAGCUAAAGACUUGAAGGAAUCAUUGGAACUGGUGACCAACUCUGUUCAUGAGUCUACUAUACAGAAAACAUGAAACAGGCAUGGUGUCCAUGGCAGGACACCACAAUGGAAGCUACUGCUUUCCAACAAAAACAUUGCUGCAUGCCUUAAGUUUGCCAAAGACCACCUUGACACUCCACAGUACUACUGGGAAAAUGUUUUUUUUGACUGAUCAAUCUAAGGUUGAAUUGUUUGAGAAGAAAAUGCAGCGCUACAUAUAGCAUAAAAAGGGCACCUCAUACCAACAUGAAAACCUCAUACCAACAUGAAAACAUCAUCCCAACGGUUAAGUACGCUGGAAGGAGCAUCAUGAUUUGGGGCUGAUUUGCUGCUUCAGUGCCUGGACCGCUUGCCAUUCGAGGGAAAAAUUAAUUUCCAAGUUUAUCAAGAUAUCCUACAGGAUAAUGUCAGGGUGAAGCUGAAGCUCAGUAGAAGCUGGGUGAUGCAGCAGGACAAUGAACCUACAUAUUGAAGUAAAUCCACUACAGAAUGGCUUCAAAUAAAGAAAAUCCACCUUUUGGAGUGGCCCAGUUAGAGCACAGACCUUAAUCCAAUAGAGAUGCUGUGGAAUGAACUCAAGAGAGCCAUUCACACCAGACAUCCUAAGAAUAUGGCUGAGCUGAAGCAGUUCUGUUAGGAAGAAUGGUCCAAAAUUCCUUCUGAACGUUGUGCAGGUCUAAUCCACAGCUACUGGAAACACUUGGUUGAGGUUAUUGCUGCCAAAGGAGGAUUGACCAAGUAUUAAAUCCACAGUACUUUGAAUGUUUAAUGGGAUGCGUUUAAUAAAGACAUGAAAGAUUAUAAUUGUUUGUGUUUUGUUAGCUUAAGUACAUUGUGUUCGUCUAUACUUGUGACUUUGAUGAAGAUGAGAUCACAUUUUAUGACCAAUUAAAGCAGAAAACCAGCUAAUUCCAAAGGAUUCAAAUACUUUUUCUUGACACUGUACAUUAUUUUUUCUGUUAAAACUCAUGUAUUAUUUGAACUGUAAAGUUGUUUAAAAAGUCUUUUUUUUUUUUUACAAUCAUUUUAGGGUUUGUUGACAUCGUCAUGGCAGCGAAGUUGCUUAUGUCUUGCUUAAUACUUAUGUACAUGUGAUUUUUUUUCGUUUUUUAUUUUUAAUAAAUUUGCAAAGAUUUCAAACAAACUUCUUUCACGUUGUCAUUAUGGGGUAUUGUUUGUAGAAUUUUGAGGAAAAUAAUGAAUUUAAUCCAUUUUGGAAUAAGGCUGUAACAUAACAAAAUGUGGA